GAGUUUGUGCAGAAUUUUUGUUUAUUACGCAUUGUAAACAAAUCUGAUGUCGCGCAUUGUAUUGUUUGGAAUACUAUAAUUAUAUUUAGUGUACUAUUGUGUAUUAAUAAUAUGAAUUCCCCAAAUAAUAAUACGAACAACAACGACAAUGCGGUCACAAAGCAACGCAAGUCUACAAAGUCAAAUUCUACAUCAAAAUCUGCUAUUGAAUCUAGGGCUGCAGAAUUGGCCGAUCUUAUAAAGAAGAAAGCUGAAACAUCUGAACAGUUAGCUAACUUGGAGCGACAAAUAUAUGCUUUUGAGGGAUCCUAUCUUGAAGACACUCAACUCUGUGGUAAUAUAAUACGUGGUUGGGAACGUUAUUUAACUUCAAAUAAAGCAACAAAUUCAAAGGCAGAUAAGAGAAAUCGUAAAUUCAAGGAGGCUGAAAGAUUAUUUUCAAAGUCAAGCAUUACUUCAAUGGCUAUUUGUAACCCGGAACGUGCAAGCGAAUCCGACAUUACAAACGAAGAUUCUAGUGACAAUCAAAUAUCAGUUAGUCAGAAUACAACUACUCAGCACGAUAACACCGUUUCUAUUAAGAGUAGUGGGAAAGAUGAUAAAGCCGAUCGCGCCAAUACACCUCAACGGGAUGUAGCAAAAGAUCCAAGUACACCUACUGGUAGCUCAAAAAAUAAAACUACUCCUAAUACUAGCGUCAGUGCAAAGAAAGGUGGUCACAUUAAUAAAAAAAUUAGACAUCGGUGAUUUAGGGGGCGGCCAAGGCACAAUUCUUAAAAGCCCAAGCAAUGCCCCAAAUCUCAGCAUAAUAAAAACAGUUUUUAAAGUGAAAUUUCUUAACAUUUCAUUCUACAUUUUAAAAUUUUAACUAUUCAUU